UUGAGUUUGUGACAAAAACUCAAUUUCUUUGUAAUAAAUAAACGAUCCAAGUUAAAAAAAAUUUUACUCCAAAACAUAAAGGCCAAAGGGCUGGAAUAAGGAUCUAAACUCAACCAUCUCGUUUGAAAUCAGACUUUCAAGAUUUAGACUAUUUUUAAUAUCUACGUAAAUUUUUUGAUUCAAUAUUGAAUUUAUCGUUGGCGCUCUGAAUGAUACUUGGGGUUCGCUUUCUCUACAAUCUCUGAUUAAAAAUUCAUGAAUCUAAUUCCUAUCUCAAUAAUUCCAAACUUAUUCAAGCCUGGUAGGUUUUCUUCGACAAUUCGUUGUAUGACAAAUAUAACCAAUAAUAUUUUCAAUAUGUUCUGUAAAUCUGUAAAUAAUAGUUCUGAAUAAAAUGUAAAUAUUUGAGUAUAUGGAAACUAAAACGUAAUAAUAAGAAAAGAAUGCAGUUUAACCAAUAAACACGGUAGAAAGCUUGUGGUCGAAACCAUGGAAGGUUUCUCCACACUGUCUGCAGUCUACUACAAUCCUUACUCAGGAUCAAAACGUUCACUUCUCCUGGGUUUAAUUAUGCUCUGCUCAGGGUUCUAAAAUCCACUGAUUAUGGUCUGAGUAUCCGGUAUGCCUUGAUCCAAGAUGACCGGAUUGUUUCCCUAAUAAGCCUGGAACUAUGCUUAAAGUAGCAAAUGGACUACCGACCAAUCUUGCCUGGUCCUCUCAACCAACUUCCCCACAUAAGAUAACUCUGGAUAUAUCUGUUCUGACCCGGCCGCCCUCGCAGGCUCUCAGCAUUAUUGCUCUCUCAGACCUCGCUGUUCAGGUCAACAGGGGAAAAUCGUCUUCCAUUGAUAAAAGGUUGAAACUUCUGUACAAGAAGAAACGAAUCUCCUGGCAGAAGGAUGAGGGUUCGGACGGAUCCAAGGAUUCUCUCUCCAGGUCUCAUGAUUCUCUACUCAGGAGGAAUAAUAAGAGUGCUAGGGGAGUAGGAGCUGAUCAGCUGUUCCUGUUCUCAUCACAACCUAAGAUAGUAUCAACAACAGGCCCCAUCAGUCCUGGAAACAGGAAGCAGUACAAUCUUCCAGAGAGUGACAGUGAUUCUGAUAUAAUACCAGCGGACUGGUAUUCGGAGUCCCCGGAGAGACUCGUCCCAAUCCUGCUGAACAGGAACCAGGAGAAACCAGGAAACCAGCAAAACUCAACCACAACAAAACUAAAGACCAAUGUUAAAGCUAAAGUUAAAGUUGAGAGAAGGGUUAAAGUUAACAAAAAUCUUAAAGAUAAAAGAAAGAAAGAAAGUUUGGGCGAAGAAAAGGUAGCUUCUGAAGAAAACGAUCUGAAGGUUGAGAGGGCCCAUAGAUCUGGUAUUCUAUUCUCCGACUACAUAUCGGAGCUAGUCGUCCAGGACUCGUCCGCAGCAUAUCCUACAAUAGUGUUUCCAGAAGUACUUGACGAUAUCUACGAUUUUGAGAUUGAGAAAAGGGUGAUGCAAAACCAAUCUAAAGGGUGAUGCAAAACCAAUCUAAAGGGUGAUGCAAAACCAAUUUAAAGGGUGAUGUAAUAUCAAUCGAAAGGAUGAUGCAAUAUCAAUUUAACGACUAUUCUUUAUCAAUCCAAAGGGUGAUUCUACAUAUAUUUAUUUAAAGGUUAAAUUUAUAUCUCUAAAGGGUUAUUUUAUAUAUCUAAAGGGUGAUUCUAUGUCAGUCUAAUGGGGGAUUCUAUAUGAAUUCAAAUGGUUUAAAAUAAUUUUGAAAGGGGGUUACAAUGUCAACCGGUUGAUUCAUAAGUUAUAACUUUAGUAUUGUGAACCUCGGAUUCAUUGAUCUCCAUCCUAUAGAGAUCUACGGAUUCAUUGAUCUCCAUCCUAUAGAGAUCUACGGAUUUACCUUAUUCCUAAUAGAUAUCCUAUAGUGGUCAUACCCUGCAAGGAUAACUCUUAUUUAGGGAUUAAACUGUAAUGUGAGAUCAAGGGUUCAAGAUUAACGUUACACAACAGGGUUUAUUUAGGGAUUAAACUGUAAUGUGAGAUCAAGGGUUCAAGAUUAAUAGUUCCCACUUCGGGGUUUAUUUAGGGAUUAUACUGUAAUGUGAGAUCGAGGGUUCAAGAUUAACGUUACACAACAGGGUUUAUUCAGAGUCAGAAUUUUAUGAAUUUGAGCCGAGUCUCAAAUCCCCCAAAAAUCAGUUUUAAUGGAGCGCCAGCUAAAAUCUUGAAA